GAGAAAUGCGAUGCUUCAGGUUCAGCACAAACUUUUCCUAAAGUACCAAACACAGAUAAAAAGGUUACGAGAAAAAGAAGAAACAAAGAUUUUAAAGCGCGUUCGUUUGCUUCCCCUUUACGCCAAAUCCAAUCUUCUUCCCAUGAUUGUUCUUAACAACUCUCAGUUACUGUUUCCCCCCUUUCGAUUGCCUAAUUUCCAAGUUUUUUCCGCGUUAUAAUAGUGCCAACACCAACAAGACAGAGCCCAAACGAGCCGCAGUGUUCGAUUAAUCGUCUAGCCGAUGAUUCCGAUCAAAAUAGCGGCGGCGAUGGCCGUUUGCCUGCCGUUAAUCGUGGCGGUCCUCGCCGUCAAAACGACGGCGCUGGAGAUUCGGCCGUCGGAGCACGGGCUGGAGUUUCAGAGCCCUCCCCCGGCGGGAGACAAAUCGUCGCCGGAGAUGCUGUCGUUCUUUGGAGGAAGGUCAUCGCCGACACCGGAUGCCGCAUUGCCGUUGCCGAAGGCGAUGAAUUCGAGCGAGGCGCCGGGAUGGUGGACCCGCCGUGACGGUGGAGAUACGCGCCUUAGAAACGCAUUAUUGGUGGCGACGGCGGCGUUUGGAAUAACAGGUGUCACUUUACUAGUGGGUUCUGUGCUAUUCUACGUUUAUAAGGUCAAGAACCAAAGAUCAUUGCCAUUAUCUUCCAACAAUAAUCACAAGUAAAAGAUAAAGUUAUCAACCAUCAUCAAUUAUUAUGAUACAUUUACACCACGAAUUUCCCAGUUCCAAUUUUUCUUACUGUAAGAGUUGUCAUAAUGAUUAAUUAUUGCUUAUUUGUAUGCUGGGAAUAUAUAUUGUCACGUAUCAAUAAAUCAGAAAACAGUAGAAAUUUGUUGGGAUUUAGAUUGAGUUUUUUCUCUGUGUUCAUCCUCUUCUGCAAGAAAAUGAUAUUCUCAUCUUAAAUCUGA